UCAACGUGCGUCUGAAUCCGAGGUGAACUCAAGUCAUCUCAAUACAAGAGUUGUGUUUCUUUUUCUCCUUAUUCGCUCAUAGGAUUUACAACUUUAGACUUUAGAUCAUGUUAGCAUGAUGUUGCCCAAUGCUUCCGGUGUUUAAACCCGACCGGUCUGCGCAGGCGUGAGAGGACGGUGCAAUAAAAGUGAAUCAAAUUAAAGGCUGUCCUGCAGAGCCAUGACUGACAAUAGAGCUGUGUCAGAGCCGGAGCUGCGGUCUGAGCAUUAGGAAACGGAAGGAAGAGAAACAGACAUUAAACUACUCAACAUUAAACCAUGUCGAAGCCGAGCAGUGCCAAGGGUCAAGCCCGGUCUGAGACGAGGCGGUUCAUCAGUGGAGUAGUGGAAGGUUUUUAUGGGCGACCAUGGACUAUGGAGCAAAGAACAGAGCUGUUUAAAAGGGAACAGAAGUGGGGUUUGAACACGUACCUCUACGCCCCCAAGGAUGACUACAAGCACAGGAUGUACUGGAGAGACCUGUACUCUGCUGAGGAGGCCGAACAACUCAUGGCCCUGAUAUCAGCAGCUAAACUGCAUAACGUCGAGUUCAUCUAUGCAAUCUCUCCCGGUCUGGAUAUUACGUUUUCCAACCCCAAAGAGGUUUCUGCCCUGAAGAGGAAACUGGAUCAGGUGAGGGAGUUCGGCUGCAGGGCCUUCUCUUUGCUGUUUGAUGACAUCGAGACUGAGAUGUGUCCAGCUGAUAAACAAGCGUUCAGCUCCUUCGCCCACGCGCAGGUGGCCGUCACUAAUGAGGUGUACCAGCACCUGGGAGAACCCGAGACCUUCCUCUUCUGUCCUACAGAUUACUGUGCUGCAUUCUGCACCCCGAACGUGUCCCAGUCCUCUUACCUGAACACUGUGGGAGAGAAGCUGCUGCCUGGUAUCGACAUACUCUGGACUGGUCCAAAAGUGGUGUCCCACAAAAUUUCAGUUGAGUCCAUUGAAGAGGUGUCCUCUGUCCUAAAGAGGGCACCAGUCAUCUGGGACAAUAUCCAUGCAAAUGAUUAUGAUCCCCAAAGACUUUUCCUAGGACCCUAUAAGGAUCGACCCACUGAGCUGAUUGCCAAACUUAGAGGAGUGCUCACCAAUCCUAACUGUGAGUUUUACCCAAACUUUGUGGCCAUACACACUUUGGCUACAUGGUGCAAAGCAACCGCUGAUGGAGGACCGAGGGACGUGGAAAUGGGCGAUGAGGAGCAGGACCCCUGCUACAGCCCCCAGAAAGCUCUGACCCUGGCCCUCACUGACUGGCUGCAGGAGUUCCUGAGCACGGAUCAGCCUGGAGCUCGUCUCAAGAAAGAGUCGUCAGAUGAGGAGCCCAUGCAGACGGACAUGGGAGAAAGCUCCUACGUCCCUGGACCUGGGGAGAACCCACUGUACACAGCUGAACCUCUGACCCUGGACGACCUGAAGCUUCUGUCAGACCUGUUCUACCUGCCGUACGAACACGGGCCUACAGCCAGGACCAUGCUGCAGGAGCUGGACUGGCUCAAGAACAACAGUUGUGCCGCCACUGCAGAGACAGACAUGGUGAUGUUGUUCAUUCAUAGUUUUACAAAUACGGAUAAUGUCGUACACAUGUUGUGCUCUUCCGUAACAAAUAAUGGUGUUCUUCAGACAGCGGAGUGGUGCUCAAGAGCACAGCAGUUUGAUGACAUGUGCGAUGCAGUGGUGCAGAUGUUUAACCGACUGUCCAACGCCCCGAACCGCAGCAUUCUGUACGACCUCUACAACUACAUCUGUGACAUCAAGAGCGGAGUGGGUCUGGCUCGUGCCUAUGUGAAAACACUAGGAGGCCAGGGUCGACCCUCUGCCCAGCUCAUGAACGAUGACCCUGAACCCUGGGGCUUCAGAGGAGGCCUCUCUGGAGAGUUCCAGAGAAUGUUACCUGGACACGGAAACAGAGACCUGUUCAGACAUCCUCCCAUGACAGCUGUGUACUGCAUACGGCCAUACUGCCCCGAGGACAAGAUGGAGGUGCAGAAGAUUUUCAGGGAGAUGCAGAGAGAAGGAGAGGACAAAGUCCCCACGAUGACGCAGCCUCCACUUAUCUGUGACAGCCUGUCAGCAGGUGAAGUCUCCCCUUCCCCUCAGUGUGCUCUGGUCCUGGAGGAUGAGAUUGGAACGUGUGGUUACGCUCUGGCACUCAUCGACGCCAAACCAGCUGCAGCCAAGAUUCAGAGGCCAAUGAGUGACUCAGUGUUUGAGGAAUUCCCAUCCGUGAUCACAGUACAAGUGCUGCCCCGGGUCACUGAUCCGUCUCCAGCCAAGCGCAUGAUUGGCCGUCUGUUGUCCUCCAUCAGGAGCAGUGGUUCCAGGGGAGUGUUCUGUGAGUUGAGGCAGGGCGAUCGGAGGAUGCUCGACUUUUACACUAAACUUGGCUCCUUCAAACCCAUUGAAAUGGCCGGUCUACCUCAAGACAUCCUCGCCAUGGCAACAAGCCUGUGAACAAGAUCACUCGCAAAGAUUUUCCCUCAGGUUUGAACUGCUGAGAUAGAGCUGUUGUGUGAAUAAUCCCUAACUUUUGCAGCACGUUAAAACUGAUCCAGUCUGUCUUGUCAAUUUUCUCAGUUCAUAUCAGAUCAUCUGUGUAACCUUGUAGACAUCACCAUUUACCAGUGUCCUCCUAUGAAGCCGUAACAUUAGUCAUCAAAACGCUUAAUGGAAUAUACAAACUACCAUAUAAUUAAUGGAUAUAAUUCAAGACUAUUGAUUUUGUAAACAGGAAAAAUGUAAAAAGUAUAGUGAUAUAAUGAUUAUUUUUUAGAUAAAACUGUGGUUUUAACUCAACAAUAAAAAUGGUAAGAAAAUAAAGUACAGAGGCAACGUAACAUCUGAUUUGUUGUACAAUCAAACAUAAGACAUUUAAAGGUAAAAAGAUUUUUUAAUUUGCACUUUGAGAGGAUACAAAAGGAAUAUAUUAAUAGUUAAUGAAAUGGCUGGUGUUUCACUUGUUCUCUGGCUUGAGAAGCUAAUGAUAUUUACUUUAACACGUGAUCCAACAUUUGAGCAGAACCUGCCCAGAAUAACUUAUCAGGUUUACAGAGCAGAGGUUGCUACAUCGAUAUAAAUUUAAUAAGAGAAACUUCAGUGUGUCUAAACAGAUUAAAUAAAACACAAGAGAAAUGAG